CACUUUGAAUCAGUCUAGUUUGCUUCAAGGUGUGCAACCAUUGUUGUCCAACAGCGAAUUCUGACAUUUGUGUUCUGCAACAAACAAUAUCUAUACACCUGUGGAAUAAUUGAAUUUAUUAACAAAGACGUUUCUCUUUUGCUUGUAUGCAAUCACAAUAUUUUUGACAGGUGGAGAUGGAUACUUCCGGCCCUGUAGCUCGAUGAACUCGACACAAAUUGGUUCCAAGAAGGCUGUUCAUAGCACCACGAUGACCAUGUUGCUUCUUCUGUCGGUACUUUUAUUGCUUCGUACUGCACUCUCACAAUAUGAAGACUGUCCUGACGAGUGGGUGGCCUUUCAGCUCAAGUGUUACCGUUUCGUCAUGUUUCCUGAGCACGACCACGACACGGCACGUGCAUACUGUGGGGCCAAUGGAGCUGCCUUAGGUGGGUGUGAAUUCUCAAGCAGAACACCAAUUUCUCAGUGGAUGGCUGAUGUCAAACGAUAUGUCAAGGCGCGAGUUCUACACGAGCGGUCUGGUGCGCAACAUGGCGCAGGGCGACUUGGUGUGGGAGAGCGACGGCAGCCGCAUCGCCCCGGAGCUCCAGUACUGGCUGAGCGAGGAGGACAGACUUGACACAGGGCCGUACAUCAC